UUCUAGAACUAAAAAAGCUCACAGCUUUUGGGAUUUGGCAAUGGGUUCGUGCGUUUCAGCGCACAGAGACCCAGAAUCAAGCAUGAAGCAACGCCUAGUAAUCGGGUCCAAAAAUGGGAAGCUUGUGAUUCCAUCCCCUCUUAAAAGUAAGCCCACUGUAGUCAAUGGAGCUGAUAUUAAGGUCACUGGUCUUCCUCUUCACUCUCAGCAUUCCUCACCUCAUCCUAUGAUCAUUGGCAGCAAGGAGGAGGAGAUGUUCUUUGAUUCCCAGCCUUGGUUGGAAUCUGAUUGUGAAGAUGAUUUCUAUAGCAUCAAAGGAGACUUUUCUCCAUCUUGUGGGAAUACACCUGUCCUCCGUCAGAGCUUUUCAGAAGGAACCCCUGUCAUUUUUAGGGACAGAGCUACUAUUUCUGUAAAUGUAAUUGAAUCAUCAUCCCCAACAGACGAGAAGAAGAAGAAGAAGAAGAAGAAGAAACUCUCUGAACUUCUCAGAGAGAUUAGUUUACAAGGUAACCUACAGUUGCAGGAGGAGGAUAUCAAUGUUCAAAAGGAUGGUGAGACCACUGGUAUUGACCCCACUACUGUAAAAGUUGCAGUUGAAACACCACCCUCUCAUUCCUCUGUACGUAGUAGUAGUAGCAGCAGCAGUGAAACAACUCCCGACAGAGAGUUCAAACCUGUUUCAAAAUCAGCAAAGUCUGGACACUGUUGCCUCCCGAGGUUGCUUUCAAGUCGCAGCAGCUGCUUUAAUGAAAAGAGGAAGAAAAUGGCAAGUCCUGUCCACAGUGUUUCUUGAUGGAUGCAUUAUAUUAUGCCCUCCCUGCCUUGCUAAAUAAUGUCAAGGCCAGUAUCAAGAAGAGUAGAGAAUGUUUGUGCAUGUGAGCUACACAUACAUGUUUUUCUUGGUCUUCCAAACACAGCUGCAUGCAUGCCAUGCAGCCAUGAGAGCUGUGUAUAUGAAAAUUUUAGCACCUGGACCUGGUCAAUGGCAGACAUGUACACAGAUGAUGAUAGAUGUAUGAAUAUAAUGUGACCUUCCAUCAACUUCAUUAGCAAGAGCUGCGAGCAUUACUCGAUCUCAAGAAGUGUAACAAACAUUAUAAAAUGUUGCAAAUCAACAAUCCAGAGAAGUAUGCUAGCUAAGCUUGGUGUUAGUUAAACUGACAGUAGUUGAAGUGCAUAGUCAAUAAGACAAUCGGGGGCCUAGCACAAGUGAAUGCCAUGGCAUGGCAGCGCAGCGCGCCCAGUAGGCAAUAUAAUAAGAUGUAAAAAUGCAGGUGGCAAACAAGCUUCAAGGUUUGGUUUUUGCGUCUGU